AUGUCAACCUACGCGAGCUUCCAACAGUACGACCUGCUGGACUCCGAGGGCUACGGGUCAGCUAGUAGUCCAGAGUCGAAUCCGCGCAGCUGGACGCACCAGGAGAUCUACCCUCAGCCGCCUAGGUCCAGGGGUAGCAGUUGCGGCAGCGUGAGCUCCGUGGACUGUCAGAACCGCGAGUACCAAGAGAUCGGCGUCGCGAAUGGCAGCUUCCACGUGACCAGCUUCAACUUCGCCGAGUUCCACGAGGGCUACUACCAGAAGAGCUGCCGGAACGAGCAUCAACCGGGCCACGCCGGCGACGCGAGAUCCGCGGCGAAGGACCACGGGAAAGUGGUGUUUAGGAUGAACGAGUGCAUGGAGAACGUUUACGAUUGUGCGACCGGUCGCGGCGAGUUCGCCGGGCAUAGUACGGACGGCAAGCAGAACUCGGCCGUCUCGCCGAAGGUGGAGCAGAGCUCGGGGCAGGGCGCGUUCGGCAGUUCGAGGUGCGAGUUCGGCCAGGGCCAGGAGAGCUUCUUGGCCGGGAAGAGUUACGGUGUCCCGAAGCCCGAUGGGUUUUUGCCUAGAAGUAACGGCAAUCCUUACGGGCAGAGGGGCGACAUUCUUUAUUUGGGUGCCGGGUACAGCGUCCAGAGGAACGAAAAUUACGCUACCGAGAACGGGCAGGGCGGCAAGUGCGUGCCGUCGCGGUACCACCAAAAAAACGACGCCGCCCUGCACAUCGCGUCGAUGGAGUACACCGGGCAGAAGGCGAAGGAGACGAUGCAGAAGAUCAAAAACGGCACGCCGGGUAUCGAGGUGCUCAGGAAGAGGAGGCUCGCGGCGAACGCGCGCGAGAGGAGACGGAUGAACAGCCUGAACGACGCGUUCGAUAGGCUCAGGGACGUCGUGCCCAGCCUCGGCAACGACAGGAAGCUCAGCAAGUUCGAGACCCUGCAAAUGGCGCAGACUUACAUAGCGGCGCUCUACGAGCUGCUGCAGAGGGAAUGA